CGCCGUGAGCACUCCGGUCUCCGGUUUCGUCGGUCUCUCGCGGUUUCCUCGGCGGCGGAACGGUGUAAUGCGCGACACGAGCAACUGAAAACAACAUCCAACAUCAUGGGCCCGAUGACUGUCGACAACACGGAUUACCAAAAGGCAAAAAAAAUGAGUUCCUCCCUAACGUCGCUACAGGCAAAUAGUCAAAGCUUAGAAAGACAGAGACAUGUCAGGACAACGACAGAAAGACUUUAUAAUAGUCUUACCAAGAAAAGGAAAGAUCCAAAGCAAACAAACGUUCAAAAAAUGUGGAUAAACUACGAAGACUACAAAGAUGACUUUUGGGCAGCUAUCAGAUCUAAUUAUGAUUAUAUUAUGGAUACUAACUUAAUCGAAGCUUGCAAGGAGGCAAACGGUGAAUUGACAUGGGACGAAACAGAUGUGUCAACACAAUCGUGGAACUUGAAAGAAGUCAGUAGCCAAUUUUCAGAGCUUUACUCGUGGUUAAGAAUCCUCCAAGAAUUGGUUUAUUCCAAGGAAGAGAAUCUUUUAGACAAGAGCCUGCGUGCAGCUCAUAUGGAGGAGCUACGACGCAAGGCGUACAGACGUAAAUUGUUUAACGAGCAAGCAGAAAAAUUAAUAUCUCGAGCCCCUGCUUUAAAAGACGAAGUAGCGUGGCGUGUAGAUCACUUGAAUGCAAAAUGGGAGCUAGUUGAACAAAUUAUGGCGCCCGUAGAUCGACCCGAAUCUAGUCAGCAAGAUAUAUCUGCAGAUUUCGAACAUGAGGUAAAAUGCCUAAGAAAAUGGUUACGAGAGAUGGAAUCGCGUCUUCAACCUUUGAGCUUCCAGGUCAAUUGGACUCUGCCAGAACUGGAGGAAAAAGCGGUAGAGCACAUGGUACUCCAAAGAGAUAUAGAGGCGCACGGACGUAUCGUCAGUUCGGUUGUCAAAUUGGGAGACAAAGUUUUCACGCAACAGCAACAAGAGCAGGAGCAACAGCAAGAGCAUCGACGACAGUCUUCGCAGCCCUUACGAAUAGUGAGAUCGUUGGAACGGCGUUGGCAUCUUCUGUUUCUACGUGCCUUGGAGUGGCAAUGUCACAUUGAAACCCUCGUAUCUCACAUAAGAAAUAAGAACGCCGUGCCUUGUAGCGACAGCGACGAGGAACCAGUCACGAAACAACGUCGUCUUAGCCGUGGACGAUCGCGUGGUUCCGGAACAGAAUCGUCAGGACAGUCAGCGCGCAACGAACGCGCGAAGCGCGUUACUGGACGCUCAAGAUCCGAGUACUGCGAUCAUCCAGUCUCCGCGAGGACCGAUCCAUCAGACAGCGACAGCUCUUCCGAAAACCGAUCCGUUAGUGACGGAUCGUACUUCGAGGAUGAAUUGUGUCAACUUUGUGUGAUGGACACACGGUCCGAGACGGUAAAACGAGAAGCCAGCAAUUCCGUUACGUCCAUCCUGGGGGAUCGAGGGGAAGAAGGUGACGUCGAGGAAAGCGGAGUGAGCGACAACGAGCGACACGACAUGCCACCCACACCGGAUACCGUGCCGAUAACGACAUCGACGGCGGCGAUGCGAGGUACGUGCGACGAAAUCGACGCGGUAGGUACCGUGCAAAUCGAAAAUGCAGAAGAAUCGAGUAACGAUCUUCGGACGAGCGAACUUGUGAAACGUUGCGGCACGACGGACGAAACUGCUUCGUUCAACACGUCCGACCGAAAGUCAAAGAACUGCGCUACGUUCUAUUUCAAACACUUGGACACCGACUCCGAGGCGGAUUGUGAUCAAUCGGUUCAGGAAUCAUCCAAUGCAGUGAUGGAUGAUUCCUCCGAGGAAGAGUGGACUUACACCUCCGCUCGUCAAAGUAACUCGUUUGUCGUCUCGGAGCAGCGAAAGACGAACCUCGUGGUCCGUCUAGAUUUUGAUGAGCGCCCGCGCGUCGAUGUGUCAGAGAAAAUACAUUUUGCGCGAGAGAAGAGUGCAGGCCACGACAGAGAAAGGAUCGUAAAAGACUCUCGCGAUCACGAAACUCAGCAGAAGGAUAGCGACGACGAAAAGAGCAGCGAUAAAUCAAGCAUCCAAAGGUUAAUUAAAGAGGUUGAGAACUUAAUUGGCGAGGAGAGGCACACGAUUGCCUCGCGCGCUUUUCCGCAGUUGGUACUCGAGGAGAAAGACGUGACGAACAAUCACCGAGCUAAGUACGCGCGCGUGAGAGAAUGGUUGAAACUGAACGCGUCGAGAAGUCACGAGGGUAGAUCGCAGCCAUUGGACAGCUGCGACGCCAGCGGCGAGUACACGACGGAGGAAUCCGAUGGAGAAAGACAAUCGAUAUCGUCGGACGAUUUGCAGAGCAGUAUCGCGACCUAUCGUCGAUUCGAAGGCGCUCUCGGGUCUAUGUCGCAGUCCCUGUCACAAGAGAUACUCGAUUACGUGCAAAAACAAAUUCCUGUUAACGAAGCACCUACCGGCGAAAGUACACCGAAAGUUAUAAUGCGCUCUAAGCAAAAGGCAAAAGGGUCUAGACCGUGGAGUGUUUCUUGCAUCUCCCAGAUCGGUGAUAAUCCUAAUCUAACUCAGAUAAACGACCCAAUUUUACCGUUUUCCAUAUCCGAGACUGCGCUUCAUCAGUUAGUUACAACUCCGCCUACCAAAUCCGUAUCCUUGGAUGCUGCAGGAUCACGGAAAUCAUUUAAUUCCACAUCCACUUUAUUAGAAGAAUCUCUUGUAUAUCCUGACGGUCGCGUAGCUAGGAAUAUUUCAUUUCGCAAAAAGAAAAACAGAUUGCGCAAGAAGACUUUGGGCCGUAAGAGCGAAUCUAGUUCGGAAGGUGCGCAAGCCAAUCAUCAUUCGGCAGGGAGCGAUGGUAGCUCGAAUCACCAACGGUCGUCCCGCAAAGUGAAUCUAAAUCGCACGUCGCAUUCAGUUUCCAAAGAAAAUUACCACAGUCGAGCGACGAAUCUCGUUAAAUCUGGAUCCUUCUCAGGCAGUACCGUCCACCAACAGUUGCACGUUGAGAGGCCAAGUAAUCCAACACCGCUCAGGCUGCUCUGUUGUCAGUCUGGUGCUUCCACAUCGGAGACUGAGGGCGAAGAGUGUAAUUGUGUCCAAGGGCACUUCUCCUACGAUAAUAAUAUGAACAGCGUGCUGAACGACAGGGACCUAAGCAAUCAGCAGUUAAAUGUAGACAGUGAUGUAGAGAUGAAUAGUCUCGGUAAUAAUUCACUCUACGAACAGGCUUGGGAUAAUUAUCAGGAGAAAUAUAUGAGCGAGGCUUACAGCGAGCCGCUGGACGUAGAGACGGCUCGAAGAUUGUUGGAUUUCGGAGAUGACUAUCGAAAUUUCCUCGAUAGUCAGUCGGAAUGCGCGUCCAGUAUAAGUGCACUUCCUGCUACCUCGCCACUGCCUAAGAUUCGCACGUAUCAUACGAUUGGCGACAGUACGGAAGACAGUGACAGUGACGAAGAGGAUUUACGAAGAAUCACCGAAAAUUCACAAUCGCAACUUCUGCUCGUUGAAUCUGCUUUCGUAAGAUCCACGAUUUCCACAGAAUUCGCUGAAAUGGAGUCUACGUGUAAAGAAAACUUAGGAUGUUUGCAGGCCGUUCUAAAGUCACAGAACGAAUAUCUUCGAAAUGAGAAAUACUUGAAACAAAUUCUCAGUAUGAUCGAGAAAUGGGAAAGCUUGGCAUCACGAGUCGAGCAAGCGCAAAUGGCCAACGCUCUUCAUCGCGAGCUGACUACUAUACGAACGGAGUUCAAAGCCGCUUACGAUCGACUUUUCGAUUACGAAAUCGUCCUGGAGCAACCGCACGUUCUUGAUGAUCGGAUUAACAGAAUCACUACCGAGUUGGCUGUUCUGAAGGACCGCAAGACGGCGAUGCUCGCUAUGAACGUCUCCGCACACCGACUGACCACUGAUCUCGGUAACACCGCGUCGUUGAUUACCGCAACCCUUAAGGACGACGUAACGGAUGUUUAUAAGAUAUGGGACGAAGCUUUUCAAAAGGGUAAUCAGCAGCUGUGCGCUUUGCAAGCUGUACAGCAGUUCGGUACACGCUUGGCCGAACUCCAAUCCGCUCUGCAGAGAGACAAGGAUACUUUAGCUAUCCUGGACGUGGCCCUACAAGCGGGUGCCACGUCGGAAGUUGCUUCUUCCGUCCGUCACGUUGCCCGACUUCUGGCCGAGAAAGAAGACGUCAUUCAGAACGAUGCGGUGUUGAACGAUGCGGAAGAGGUGCACUGCGUGAAAUUCGCCGGCGCCUCCGCGAGCAAUCUCACACAGGAAGGUGGAUCCUUGUCCGAUAGCGGGAUUUCUGAUAGCGGAAGCGAACAGGAACUGAGCGAACGAGAGCGUAAAUUAGCAGCUCUUCGACGGCUGACGCGCAGCUUGGAGACUCAACUGCCACCGGAGAGCGAGGGUCUGACCGAGCUCUGGAAGAGGGUUGACGGCGUUGAAACUGAGCUGCGCAAUUUGCGGAAACAGUGCAAGGAACUCAUCAUACGCACGGUGGCAAGCACCGACGCGCGUAUCGCCGCCAAGCGGACGGCAAGUCAAGUGCACUACCCUGCAGAUAAACGUAAGAAAGCAUCAAAUGGCAAUGCAGAUGCUGCGAAGAGCAAAAUGACUUCAGUGCCGAUCAAGAAGAAAGGCAACGCCGAAGUCAUUAAGAACAGCGAUUCCGAUGGCGAGUCGGUUCCUCAGAACUGGAUCUGGCGAAUCCUCAAAGUGGCACUGCCCUUCCAGCUCGCACUCGUCGCCCUUUUCUGCGCCGCUUGCCUCUUUGAGCCAAAUUGUUGCGAAGUAAUCUCGUACACUUCGGUCACGCCGCGCUCUGGAGGACUACCGCCGGUGUGAACGGGACCAUCAUCAGGUAUAUGUGAUUGAGAAAUAUUGAUACCAAGAAUUAACAGUUUUUGGUAGGAACGGGUAAAAUUAUGUACACAUAUCCGUUCUCUUUCCGCGGUAUCGCCAAGUAGCGACUAAGCUCAUGGGAUAAAAUGAUCCGCGUGUUUUUAUUGAACGCAGUCCAAGUAUUUUUAGACUGUUAUUAUUAAAUGCCUAAAUUUAAGGCAACAUUUAAGAGAUGAUGCAUUUGUCAACGACUGAUUCUCUUACAUAUGUAUUUAUUUUCGCUAUUAUAUCGAAUCAUGUGAAAUGUUUUACGCAAUGCGUAAUUUUCGACGGAUAUCAUGAUGGAAAGUAUUAAAAAUAUACUUGACCUAAAUAUGUAUUAAAGAAUUAUGUAUCAAGAGGAGUUUUACAUGGAAAAGUCGCAUAUGGCAUAUUUUAAAUACGAAUCGAUACGCCCAUGGUAAGCGUAUUUUUACGUGUAAAAAGAGAAAUAGCUUUGCGGUUAAAUAAUCAAUCAAAUUUGCAUGGAAAGUGUAAUGACGAAUCUCAAGGGGUAAUUAAAAAUACCUAUAUCUAGAUAUCGUGUUCUACGAGGGUAUUUAUGUGUGCAAGAACACGAUGCAAGUAUGUACAUUGCGAUAUUGAUGCAAGCGUCAGUUAUUUUCGUAUCAUUUUGCAUUGCGCGAGUCAGCAACCUAUGUUAUUGUUGAAGUAUAAAUAUUUAUUUAUAUAGAUACAGAUAUUGUAUAUAUUUUAUUCAUUACGUAGUGUCGUUCGGAGAAUAAUAUUUAGUUCUCCUCUCGAAAAAGACGAGAUCGACAACGUAAAGGACUUUAUACGGUUUUGAGGGAUGGGAGUCCAUUUAUAUCGAAUUUCACUGAGGAAUGGUAUUGGAUUCCGUAUUGUUAAGCUUUUUACUGCUCCAAGUACUUCUCCCAUAACGCUGCUUCUAAUCCAGUGACACUUAUUUCCGUAACAAUGAAUACUUGUUCCAACAUUUUUUAUACAUUGUAGAUGCAUUACACAAGCUAUAUUUAAAGAGGAUGCUAUAGGAUGCUUAACUAUUAGUUUCCAGGGAAUAGUUUGUGUGUGCAAAUACAUGCAUUAAUGUUAAAACAGCCUCAAAUAGAAAAUAACGAAUUUAAUCAUAGAAGUGGAAUUUAAUAACUGCUUUUGCACUGUGAAUUAAUACGACUUUGCAAAAAAUAUAUAAAGUUAAGAAUUUGAAUGCAUGCCCAUGUGUAUACUAGCAUCUAUUGCAUGUGUUUAUAUAAUUCCUAAAAUAUAUUGCACAUCUCAUUUUAUUAUUUGUUUUGUUCAAUUUUGGUAUUGGUAAUUAUGUGCAUGUUAUUGAUGAUACUUAUCUAAUAUCAUAUAUAUAUAAUUGGGAAAUAUCAUAUAUAUAAUUGGGAAAUGUGUUCAUAUAUUUUAUUUUAUUGCGAUUGAAAAUAUCAGAUCGCAACUUACUUUCGCAGCUGUUUCUUCUUUUUUCUUUAUUCUCGUAUCCUCUUACGAGAGGAAGAUAUAUACGCGUCAUUUAAGAUUACAAGAAAAACGACGCGUUAUCAUGAUUAGUAAGAAGUUUUAAUUGUAGAAAUCUAUCGAUUUCUUAGAUGUGUCUUCGAUAUUUGAAGACACUCGAAUAACAAGCAAAAUGGUAGCUGAUGUAAAUAGAUUUAAUGAAAAUGAAGUAAGCGAUUUAUGCUAGAUGAGAAUUAUUUUUUCAAAAGAGAAAAAGAGUGAAGUUUUUGGUAGUGAUGAGAAUGCUGUAAUUUGUCGAAAUCUAUUUUGUAAAUCCUUUUUGUGAUGAGGUGAUGCAGAUGAGAAUGAUAGCACAUAUACUGAAAAUGACCACUCUGAAUUCACGUGUACUUGAUGCAAGAUAACGAAAGAUGCCUUAUGGCCGAUCAUUGAAAGCUUACAAUUUUGCACGAUGCUUACUGUGUAAGCGUACUGCGUUCUAGCGUAACGAUUCUGAUUCAUGCUUAUGCAGAUGUUAAGCUCCUCAUGAGAGGCGAUAUCUUCGGUAAGUCCAUUCAAUAUUUGGACUGCAUAGAGAUAGCGAACACAAUCGAUGUAUAUAUAGAAUAACUAUAACUAUGAAAUAACGAUGAGUCGAUAUUGCUUUCACAUGCAUAUCCGGAGAGGAGAAUUUUUUAAAAUAAAUAAUUGUAUAAUACGCGCAAGAAAUGAUACAGCGGAGCGCGUUGUGUUGGAAUUGAGUCAUAGACUUUAGCUGCAUCGACUCAUCGCUAUUUUUUAUUGUUCAAAUAUUUUGUGAAUCUUUAUUUUAUAUUGCUGGAAAUCUAGUACAUCAAUGAAAGGCGUCGCCAAAGGUUUGUUUUUCUUCUUACGCAAGUGAAAGAAAACCGAAUGUACUAUGAGUACAGUGAAGUAUUAGGCAGAGUUUUGUUAUGACUGCCUGAGAGGUGAAGAUAUUCAUCCAAUGAUUAUACUUUGACUCGAUUUGACAGUGAAGUAUAAGCUAUAUGAAGGAUAUAAGAGUGGAGGAGAUACAAUUCAAUAUUGAUAUCUCUUCGAUGAGAUAAAAAUUUACGUAAACCAGUGUGUUUUUCGUAUUUGAUGCCAUCGAUUAAAGACCACAUGGCAAAAACCCAGUAUACUUUAUUCUAAAGUAUAUCGUACUUUUUGAGAGAUGUUUUGAGAGAUAAAAUGAACGAGAUAGCAAGGACGGUACUUUUAUGUGCCUCGUGUGACAUCGAUCAAUCACACGUAACAAUGAAUAGAGUUCUCAAAUAAUGAGUGUUGAAUAGAUUGCGAAAGGAAGGAAGUCGAAUUCGUAAAGAAGAAUGUGCGUCGAUUCCUAAAUAUUUAUGAUCUUUUAAUUAUCGACGCACAUGUACAUGUAAGAUAAAAUCACAAGGAGAUAGUGAUUUUUUAAAUUGUGACUGAAGUACAGAUACCAUUACAGACUUUCCAUUUACUUGACUAUCAUAUCUUUGUUAUAAUGAACGUUGACUUUAAUGCAGUUUCACUAUGGUGUAAUGAAAUUGUAUUAAACAAAGUUAUUACUUGACCAUCAUUCACGAAAGCGUGAAUAUCAGCAAUUAUAGAGGAAUGGUUCCUAUAGUUUAACUUGAAAAUAAUUGAAAACUUUUCAGUUUCAUUAUUGGUACUUUUAUUGAUAGCGAUAAAAGAAAGAGUAAAAAAGUCACAUUGUAAUCGCUACAAAAACGUUCAGUCAUUAUUUCAAAUUUAAAUUACAUAAAAAGUAUUUGUUAUAACACCAACUCGAGACGUAUGUAUAAGAAACAAAUGACUAUUAAAUUUAUUGGAUAAUUAUAGCCAUCCAAUAAUAAAGUACAUACGUACUUAUAAUCCGCCGUAAGAGAAUGGCGAUUAUUUAAUUGUCAUUCUUGUUACGUGCGUUACAGAGGACUGCUUAAUGGCAUCGAAUGCUUUUCGAUGCAAUAUACAUAUAUAUAAUACGACAAUAGUCGUUAUCACAAUGCAAUCGUUCAAAGAAACGAGGAUCUCUGAACGAGGAUAUGGGAGUAGAUAAUCAAGUGCGACCUUCGCACUCUUUAAAAGCAUGACGAUUUGAAUGAAGUGGAGGAAGUCAUGCAUAUUAUAUUUAUACGACUGUGGUAUUAUAAAAUUGAAUACCACGCGAAACUGUUCACGAGUGACUUAAAAUGCUAUUGCUACAACAUAAUAAAGACUAAGAAUAAAUUAAAAUUUCAUUUGGCGACUCCGCGUUGACGCGAGCAUCACUUUAUUUCAAUAUUCAGUGAGCAACAAAUGUAGAAUGACAUUCACGUCGACGCUGUCGCCAAAUGGAAUGCACCAUAAAUAAUACUAUCACAAUAUAUUUUUUGAACCUAACAAGAGACAACGAAACUUAACGAAGAUAUUCGUAAAUUUAAGCAUAUAAAUUACAGACAUUCUUGGUUGUAUCAAUAGUUAUUUUAGGUAACGCAUUUCGAAUGUAUUUUGUUGCUGCAGACGCAAGAGAUGGUUUUAUUUGCCUUACAUGCAAUAUAACAAUAUGUAUAAAGUACCUGAAGAAUCAAAACGUUACUUAUAUCUUCUAUGUUAUUUUAUCUGCGCGGUGAACGAAGGAAUACCUGGUAAUAUUGUAACGAUCGUAUCACGCUUAUCAUUUUUUGCUGAAUAUAUUCAUCCUUACUAUUAUGAGUUAUAAGAUAUACCUUGCAUGUAUCUUCUUUAUUAUCGUCAGAUGAAAGGAUGCAUUGUUACAAUGCUUCAUAAAAAAAGAAAGAACUACAAAAAAAA